AUGCCUAACGAACUUCCCAUCCUAACGUGCUGCCUAACGCAGAGCGGGGGCUUCAGCUCGAUCUUCCCGCCCGCCGCCGCGGACGUCUCCAGCGCCCGAGCGAUCGCGCCCUUCAUGCUCUUCGCCUGCGCCAAAGGUCUCGCGGCCAAACCCGGACCCUUCAUCGUAGCCGCCCUACACCCGAAGAGCGCAUCUUCGCAUCGGGUUGCGAAUGAGAGCAGGUGA